GAGUUCGUGCCAAGGCAGUUGGCAGCAGCGCCCUGAUCAACGGUUUUAAAACUUUGAAACAAGAAAAGCGUUAUUCAACGCCAAAGGCGGUGCAAAAACGGGCAAAACAGCGGGAGCACGUAACGGCAGCGGGAAAAGAGGCGUCUGACAGGUUUUAAUUAGCCGUUAAAUAACUGCGAUCCGUGAGCUAAAAUUAUCCUCCGCUAUCGUGGAUCGUUUUAACGCGGUGUACGACGCUUUUGUGGUUCUGGAAAGGUAAACAUGGUGCGGAAAAGGAAGAACAGCAGCGACGAGAACGGCAUGCCGGCACCCCAACAACAACCCCAACGCCUCACUCGACAGCAUCGACGGACAAUUAUAGACGACGACGACAACGGGAGUACGGAAGCUUCUCCAACGGCGAAGUCGAUUAAAUCCUCCAAAACUAUGAAAACACCGUCAACGACAUCAGGACGGAGUCGAAAAAGUGCCUUGCCAGAGAAUGCAGUCAACACUUCUAUGUCAACUAGAAGCCGUAGACGGAAGCUUGCAAAAAGCUCUAGCGAUUCUGAUACUGAGAACAAGGCUGAGUCGCCAAUCGGACAAUCGAAACUUGACAAAGUUAAUACUUUGGAGAAGCUGGAGACGACAAGUCGUCCAUUACGGUCGAGGUUGCGCAAAGAAGUGAAUGAAAACCUCGGUGAAACAUCCAUAGCUGAAUCAAAACAGCAGCAGCGCGUAACGGAUAAAAAAAAACGGGUAUUGGCUGUGGCAGAGAAUACGAUGACUGAAAAUUGGCUGGUUCCAAUCGAAACCCCUGUAAAGCUGACCAGGUUGCAGGCAAAGACUUCAGCAAAAAAAAAACACGCACCUGACUACCACAGCGAAUCAACAGUGCAAAGUGGCAGAAUUCAGGAUGCAGAUGAGAAUAAAAAUCCAAAGGGAUAUUCUAAAGUAAAAAAAACACCAAACAAAUCGUUUUUGAUGAAACAAGAACAGAAUUCGUCACUCAGCGUUGUCCCUAACGACACAGUGACACCUGAAAGCAGUCCUAUGCUGGUCAACUUAACGCCGCACAGGUCUUCCAAAACACCAAAAAAAUCGCCACUCAACAUUGGCUCACCCAAGACGCACUCUCACUCACCUUUACGGCUUUCCAAGACACCGCGGAAACUGCCUAUCACUGUCGAGUCGCCCGCAACUUCAGACAAGUCGAGUGUUUCCAUAGGUCAGAGCGUUCAAGAAACAGAGACCACUACUGUUCAGGUCGAUUGCAACAACCCCUUUGUAGCGCUGAUGGAUUUCAGAAAGGAACCAAGCGACCAACCUUCAAUGUCACCCAAGGUAUCAAAAAGCGGCAAAACCUUAGCCCCUAAGACGCCGUCCAAAAGGUUGUCCACUCCAGCUUCCAAAAUCCGUAAAUCCCCUGUGAAAACUCCCGCUGCAUUGCAGAAAAGUGUUCUGCUGGUUAGAGGCAGAAUCUCGACGCCAGUCAAUGUGAAACGAUCCAGCCUUACCCAGCCAGAGAGUCCACGAAGGCCAAAGUCCACUGGAAAAAAACGCUCGCCGAUAACGUCAUCUGGAACUCCGCUGCGGCCAAUUCCAGUAUCGAAGGAAGCUGCGGCUGCUAUUGCAUGUUCGUCACCGCUCUGUGUCCCUCCAAACAAGAUUAAGGCUUUACUGGAGUUGGCUGAGACUUCUCCAACAACAACUCCUCGAAGUCGGAUAAGGCGCUCCUUGAAUCUCACCUCUGAUUUUAUAACGUUUUCUUCCGGCUCAACGAGCAGUCCCAUGAUAACUCCACAACAAAUGGCUCAAGCUACGGAAAACAAGAAGGAAUCAAGACCGAGCGAUGACGAAUCCCUCGGACUAAUUGCCAUGAACGAUGACAUGUUUGAUGAUAGUUCUAAAGCCAAGGAUGGCACCUACGAGUUGUCCAAGGAAUUGACACUCAAACAGGAGGAAAACAAUGAAGAGAAGAUCGACGAAUCGGGAGAAAAGGAUGCAACAUAUGAACUGGUCGAGCCCAAGACUCCUUGUCUACAAAAGUCGAGAAAACGUUCGUUUUCUGCUAUGGAGCCAAGUAAUUGUACUCCAGAUGCAAAGAAACGCUGCCGUGUUCGUUUUGCCAGUCCUGCUCGGAAAGUCAGCACCACAUCGCCUGGUGUUGGUGGCAGUUCAGCAAGAAAAUCUCUACCCACUGUACAGACGCCUGCCAGACACAGGAUUGGAGUUAGCCAAUCAGCUCGGCGGUCUAGAGGCAGAGUUAGCAUAGAUAGCCAACACAGGAGAUCCAGGUCUCUGACAAAAGUAAAUGAGAUCACUCCACAGUUGAGAAGCGGCAACAAGCGGAGGUCCAACUCAGCUUCAAAUUUAUUGAACAAAACUCCUAAACUCAAUCAAACUAUUCAGGAUUCCAUUAACAGGCUCAGUAGGCCUCGACAAGCAGGUGUUUCUACGUCAAAAACAGAAGCUAAAGUAGCUGCCCCUAGAAGAGUUCCUAAUUUUGCACAAAUCCAUCAGAAGAAAUUUGCACAAAUGGAAUCUCUUGUCGAUGUCAAGGAACGUGUUGCCAAGAGGCACGUCGAGUUCAGUGCGGUGUCGUCUACUCGGUCUUUCCAAGCUCUCGUACCUGACGUCGGAUCACUACCAAGUGCACCAAAGCCUGCACCUAGUGCCCAGCAGAUCGAGGGCUACAAUAGGUUUGGAUUCAAGAUAAGAAAAACCGAAGCCCUGAAAGCAAUCAGGAAGAAUCCUCAAGCAACUGCUGCGAGGAAUAAAAAUAUCCAGGACAAAAACCGAUCGAUUCUACAGGGAGUGCGAACAAAUCGGCGUUUUGAGCUUCAGAUGAAAUCGCGUAACUUACAUUAGUAGAGAAAUAAGUGUCAAUGAAAUCUCAGAAGAAGACGAAGAAGAAAAAUGUGAUGAAAUGGUAACAACCAAA